UGUCAAAUACCAAAUAAAAAUAACAAAUGUUAUCAUUUAUAUUUUUGAGUGUAGCUGCAUUCAAGUUUAGGCGUGAAUACUAAUGAACAUUAGACUGUCACGUGUUACGGUCAUGUGACAUUAUCAACAGUUCAUCAUGGCGGCGGCUUCGUCUGUGUUCCACAGAGUGAGAACUGGGUCUAAAUUAGGUGCCCAGUAUGACCAAGAAGGGAACCUCAUUCAGGUGGAAACCCGAGAGGAUGAGGAGCAGAGCGUCAAACUGGCAGAGAUCUUGGAGCUCCUGCUGGCAGCUGGAUACUUCCGAGCACGGAUUAAAGGGUUGUCAGCUUUUGAUAAGGUGGUCGGUGGUAUGACCUGGUGCAUCACCACAUGUAACUUUGACAUUGAUGUGGAUCUUCUUUUCCAAGAAAACUCAACUAUUGGCCAGAAAAUAGCUCUGACCGAGAAAAUAGUGUCCGUGCUACCCAAGAUGAAAUGUCCUCAUCGCCUGGAGCCCCAUCAAAUCCAAGGGCUGGAUUUUAUCCACAUUUUCCCGGUGAUCCAGUGGCUGGUGAAGCGAGCCAUUGAGACCAGGGAAGAGAUGGGCGACUAUGUGAGAGCCUACUCCAUUUGUCAGUUCCAGAAGACCCACAGACUCCCAGAGGAUGAAGAGUUCCUCCAGAGGAAAGAUAAGGCUGUGAGCGCAGUUCUGGAUGUAUUGGAAGUGUACAAACCUCAGAGGAAGUACAGGAGGCAGAGGGAUGCAGGGGAGCUGCUGGAUGAGGAGUCCAGAGUUCACUCCACUCUGCUGGAAUAUGGAAGGCGUUAUGGAUACAGCAAACAGUCCAAACAAGACAAGGGGGAUGAGAGGAAGGCUUUGCUGAACAGUGGCUCUCAGGCAGCGCCCCCUGGGAUGGCAGAGGUGUCAGAGGAAGAGGACCUGCAGGCAGCGGAGGAGAUGCAAAUCAAAACCCUGAUGACGAGCAUGGCUGCCAUGGCAAAUGAAGAGGGGAAUCUGACGGCAAGUGCAGUGGGUCAGAUAGUGGGACUGCAGUCUGAGGAGAUCAAACAGAUGGCCUCUGAGUACGCUGAGAAGCAGUCGGAGCUGUCUUCAGAGGAGCGUUCCGAGCGCUAUGGCCCGCUUCAGCAACACCGCAGGGCAGUGGCCUCACUCAACAAACAGAUCCAGCAGAAGACUAAACAGCUGGAGGAGCUACAAGCCAAGCAUGCAGAGGUGAAAACAGGCUGUGACGAUGCCAAGAGAAGUCUGAUUGAGGCUACAGAACACUCUGAGAAAGUGGAGAAAGAGCUGAAGAGUUUAGAUGUGAUGGAGGAGCAGGCUGACAGCAGCUCACUGGAGAAGCUGAGGGCUUUGGUUACAAUGAAUGAGAACCUGAAGCAGCAGGAGCAGGAGUUCCGCACACACUGCAGAGAAGAGAUGGCCCGUCUGCAGCAGAACAUUGAGGAGUUGAAGAUGGCAUCAGGACAGGAUACAGAGGAGGAGAAGGAGAGGAAUGAGCUGAUAGACAAACAGUACAACACGGACAGAGAGAAACUACAGAAGAUCCGUCUGCUCAUGGCUCGGAGGAACCGUGAGAUCGCCAUCCUGCAGAGGAAGAUCGAUGAGGUGCCGAGCCGGGCUGAGCUGACCCAGUACCAGAAAAGAUUCAUCGAACUCUACAGCCAGGUUUCUGCAACACAUAAAGAGACCAAGCAGUUCUUCACACUGUAUAACACGUUAGACGACAAGAAGGUUUAUCUGGAGAAGGAGGUGAAUCUGCUGAAUUCAAUCCAUGACAACUUCCACCAGGCCAUGUCGUCUUCAGCAGCCAAGGAGCAGUUCAUCAGACAGAUGGAGCAAAUAGUGGAGGGAAUCAAACAGAAUCGCAUCAAGAUGGAGAAGAAGAAGCAGGAAAACAAAAUGAGGAGAGAUCAGCUGAACGACGAGUACCUGGAGCUCCUUGACAAGCAGAGGCUGUACUUCAAAACUGUCAAGGACUUUAAAGAGGAGUGUCGGAAGAACGAGAUGCUGCUGUCCAAACUGAGAGCGAAAGGAGCCUCCUAGCCCGGCAUGUUGCCGAGCUGAAAUACAGAAUCUGUAUGAGCUCAAGUUAUCACAGACCAACUUUACAUGUAUGGAGUCCACACUUUGUUUCAUCUUUCUCCUUUAUGGCCGAUAACAAAACAUUUACUCUGUGCUCUUCAUAUGUGCCAAAUCCACCCUACUGAAAAACAAGUCAAGUCAAAAGAAGCUCUUAAAUGAUUUGCAUAUUUUGGCAUAAACUUUGCCACAAUGAUCACAAAUGACCAACCACUCUCUUAGCAUGUAGUGAGCCCAUUGCUCUCAAAAGAAGUGUUGCAUUUUGAGAUGAAGGAGGCCUUGUAGUAAUCCUAUAAAUCACCACAAUGUGUUUAAUUUGUUUUAAUGUGUGAUAAACGUUGCACAUUGGGACUGUACAAACCUUAAAUCUAACCCGAACCUUUUACAGCUGCACCAGCUGUGGCCUCAUGUUGAUCAUUAAGUGUGUGUGCAACAGAGAACAGAGUCCCAUACGCACUGAAAGAAGGCUUGAACCUGUUGUGUGUUUGCUCAUGUCACGUUAUAGAUAUAUUAUAAGUCCUUAACUUUCAUUAGAACUUGUGAUGUGUGUGCUUUCCUAGUGCAGCUUAAACAUCGCUCUAUAUAUACAAAUUCUUUGCCAAUUUUUCAAGUCCACGUCUUAGAUUUGCUUUUGUCCUCAUUCAAUGACCAUGUACAGCCUGUAUUUAAUAAAUAAAAUAAUAUUUCUAUUAAGGAUUAAAA